GCUUCGAACUAAGGAGCAUCAGUUAUUAGAGACGCUGCAGUGCGUUGUAUCGUGCUUGGCGUGUCCGCGUGUAGCGUACACAGGGUCUAGUCGUCGUCGUCGUCGUGUAGCGGCGUGCUGUAGUGGACUGGUGCUGCAACACAACGUGCAGCAAAAUAACUCGCUCUGAUAAAAUACCCACACUAACGUAGACGCACACAAAGCUCGUGCGCGGAGCGAGAUACCGGAGCAACAAACGCACUUUGUCAUUGUCCGCGCUAGGGAACAAAGUGCACUCUUGGCUUUUUGUCGCGUCUAUACCUGUCAAACCGCCCCCGCAACAAUGACGACUCGAUUCUCGUAAAGUCCGUUCUCUGCGGACACCUCGUGUGCGUCUGUACAUCUGUGAUCCGUAAAUUUUUCUAGGCCCGCGUGUUCGAGCGUGCGUGUGUGUGUGCAUGUGCAUCAGCAGCGUCGACUCGGUCAGCGCGUACUGCAUCGCAUCGAAAAUCGGAAGUGCAACAAGGGAGCCGAAAGAUUUUCAUGCGAACCACAUCCGUACAGCCGCCGAGAGACGGACGUGCGCUUUUCCUGCGGAAGAUGCGCAGUGGCUGCUCUCCCAGCAGCCAAAACACUUGCCAGCCGCGUUGUCGCCUCGCUUAGGUCUGCCGAGCAGCCAGAAGUAGCAGAAGAAGAGUCCAGACAGCACAGCCGCCAGCAUGAACAUCGCGGGGAUCAUCAUCGCCAUGUGGCGGGGCUUUAUUGACAGUCUGAAGGGAGGCCUGGUAAUCUUUUCCAUGGACAAGCAGAUCAACGAAAGGAUGAAGAAGUCUCCGGUGAAGGCAGAUGCUCGGAGGAGGGAGAGCAGUGUUGGACAUAGUCCAGCCAAGUACUCCAAGCAUCACAGAGAGUCAAAGGUGCUAAAACGAACCAUUCAGUGUUGUGCACUGAAUGGUGGUGUUUGUUGGGCCAGCAUAAUUAUUUUUGAGUAUGGGCUACUGCCAUCGCUCAAGUACUUGCUGAGCAUAAUAUUUGGACAAUCGCCAGGUAUGGGAAUGGUUGUUUGGUCCUGGACCAAACCGUUCUUAACAAUUACCUUCAGCACCAUAUGGAUACUUCCACUUUUUCUACUGAGUAAAAUAGUCAACAGUUUAUGGUUUCAGGACAUAGCAGACAGUGCAUAUCGAUAUCGCCAAGGCCGACCUAUGCUUUUGUCAAGUGUCAGCAAACUCAUUGCCGAUAUGUUGUUCAGUGUUUUGGUACAAGCCCUUUUUUUAGGUCAAGGUGUUUUAGUGUCAAAGGUGCCACUCCCACCCAUUGGUGACAUUCUUGCACUUGUUCAUAUGUGCCUUCUUUAUGCCCUUUAUGCCUUUGAGUACAAAUGGUUCAAUAUGGGUUGGGAAUUGCAUAGACGACUAACAUUUAUCGAAUGUAAUUGGCCCUACUUUGUUGGAUUUGGUUUACCCUUGGCAAUAUUGACACAACUGCCAGAUUCGUAUAUAAUAAGUGGCUGUGUGUUUUCUAUUCUUUUCCCGUUAUUCAUUGUGAGUGGAAAUGAAGCUGAACCCGUCACAGAUGUUUGUGAUUGCCCAUUGAAACUGUUUUCUCCAGUAGUGGCAAUAGCUAAUACUUUAUUUAAUAAAACGAUUGGCCCUGCAAAGAGACGGUGACAAAGGGAUUCUCUAAGCUUCACAGACAAAAAAACGAAUCAUAACAAGGAUUUUUAAAGCUUAAACUCGAAAUAUUUCAUCAAAUUUUUUACAAAAGAAAAAAAUACGUUGUAUCUUAACGAUUAAGUGCAAUAUGGUAAAAAAAACAAAUCAAUGAAUUUUGGUUCGUAUCACAUGCAAUGUAAAUAUGCAUUAAUGGGAAGUGCUAGUGUAGAUUAUGUAACGGGUAUGCCUAAGUCUGGUAACUAGCGCUAUGACGUGCAUUGUAAUUUCCUGUAUAAUUACCGCUAUAUUUUGACAAUUUCCACAAGUCAAAUAGCACUAACUGUAUGUUGUGGGUGUGUGAUAGGAAUGUUAUCAUUAAUGUAGUGACUUUGAUUAAGGGGUCUAUUGGUUUUGAUAUAUAUUUUUUAUUAGUAUGGUUGAAAAUUCAAAAUAAUUAGGUUAGUAAUAUAGCUAUUCUCAGCAAAAUUGAUAUGUACAACAAAUUAAAAAACUUGGCUUAAUUGAAUUAUUAGCUAUUCAUAGAUUUAUUUGCUGCCACAUUACUAUGAUUUUUUUAAUUUAUACUACGCACUUUUAUACAAUGUUCAAAUGACUAUUAUACCUCAACAUGACUGUUCAACUAGUCAAUUAAACUAUAUUUUUAUUUAAUACGUUAAUAAAAUAUUAUUUUUGUAACAUGCUGAUAUUGCUUGAUUUGUUGAUAAAUAUUUACUUUCAACAGAAAAUCGCAAUGAAAAUUUAAAGAUAUGUGACGUUGAUGAGACAAAACUCUAUUUGUCUAGAAUUGUCAGGAUAUUUGUAAAAAUGAACAUUUGUAGAAACUAUUUUUAUAUAAUAUUAUGAUUUGUUAAUAACUUUUGUUAUAAUGACUUUUAAUUAUCUGAGUUGCAAUGAAUUGUAUCAACUUUUAUUUUUGAUUUAUUGUACAAGAAUAAAAAUCAUGGUUUGUGGCAUAAGGAACUUUUGUGUACAUACAUGCAUAUUAAUUUGUUGUAAAAUAAAAGAUGAAAAGUUCCACUGCAAUGGCGAUGUGUCUCUCAUGCCUUAUUUUUUAAGUGAGGAUAUGAUUAAGUAACACUACUUGAAAUAUGUGAUAGAACUUUUUUAUUAGUUUGCAACAAAUGGCUGUUUGUAGACUAAUUCUUUGUUAAUUUAUUUUUGCUCCAGAAAGUUGUAUUGUUUAUAGACUUUUUGGAGUGAGUGCAUAGAAUGAAUUUUCUCAAAUGGCUGUUUGUACUACUGACCAACUGUAAAUACUAUUAUGAAAAAUAAUAAAUGUUUUAUAUACUAUGAAUUGCGUAUAAA